AUGUCGAGUGAAGGGGGCGGCGACGUCUUGGCUCGUCUCAAAGCGAACAUCGAGGCCGUCACGAAAGACGCGGGAGAGUCUCUUGACUGGCGCACCUUUGAAGAAGCAGAGCUUGUACUCCCAAAACAGCUGACUGCAGCUGAACAAACACACAUCGUGUACUCGCUCGUGGCCAUCAUUCCAAAUCUUCAACAAGACCCGACUCCAGCUGCAAAUCUCCUGGUCCGGUUGCUCCAAGACUAUAGCUACACCGACGUUCUGAGCCUCGGAAGCAGCAACAUACCAUGGACGGACGGACUAGCUGUCGGGGAGCACAUGGUCAGCUUCAACGGGCUUAUGCUGAAUUUACUGGAAAAGGCAACUGUCCAACUCACCGAUGCUGCUCAUGUGGCAAGCAUGCUGGAUACUAUGCUAGCUCUGGUCAGACUUUGGCUCUGCACGCCCGACACGGGCAUCGCAAGCCGGGCCUCAAAGCUUCUCCGGAGACUGCUCGAGGUCGAUCGAGAGAUUCAGUCUGAUCCAGGUGCACCUGUUCGCGGCGGACAAGGUCUGGUAUGGAAGCGGAUCUUCGGUGAUCGGAACAUCUACGGAACUAUUUUCGAAGCUACUACUCUCUCCGGUCCAUCGUCGCUCAAGAUGAGCAAGAAUCAGCGAACGUUGGCUCAGGCGAGGCUGCUAGAGUGGCUGCCCACUAUUGGUUCAAUGGACUGGAGCGCAAUCGCCCGCAGCCAUCACGAUGACAUCGAGUCGACCUACGGAGUUAAGGAGGGUCUGCUGGAGUUUGCUGCUUUGCGAAUGGUCGACUACAAGGACGAUGUACUUAUGCACCGCUGCCUCGUGGACUUCUACUCGGAGCUCCUCCUCUCCAAUAGAGCCAGUAGCGCCGGAGUUGCUUCAGCGACUGACUCACCGGCUCUCCGAUACAUGAUCGCGUCUGGAUUGCACGCGAGAACAGGGGCAAUCUAUUUGCAAACGCCCGGCUCGUCUGCCGACCCUCUAGAGGCCAUGUUCCUGUACGGGCCCGCUGCGAAUUAUAUCGCUACCCAGAUGCCCAAGCAAGUCACCGACCAUCUGCAUGGAGCGCUCGACCUAUCGCCGGCGAAAUGGGCGCAUGCGGAGUCUCCGAAGCAUGAUCUCCAUCUUAUGGCGAGUCUACCACGACAAGCUUUACUGCCCGCCGGAAGCACCGCUGCGCAAUGGAACCAAACGCCACUAUCGCUUCUGCCAUCACGAUCUACCAGUGCGGAUGUACUGAACACUCUGGCUACGAUCCUCCGUGGACCUGACGAGGAACCCAUGAUCUUCCCAGGUGGAUGGGUGACGGAGGUAGACGACGGCGUAAGACAGACUGAAGCUGCUGCUGCCAGAGCGCUGUACUACAACUACCUCUCACACGAUCAGCGGUUCUGGAACAACAUUGCAACGCACGCUGAUACAGUGGCUCUAAAAGACCUGGCUCUGUCGGCCAUCAACUGCCUGGUCGCCGUGACGACUGCAAAGUGGUCCACAAAGCCAGACAUGCCUCUACCCACUACCAUUGCAACGCCAGACCAUGGACACCUCGCCAUCCUGAGUCCUCCAGCCCUCGAGUAUGCGCUUCCAUAUCUCCUCAAGCCGGCCCAGUCUUUCGCCAACAUAGUCGGAGGGCGGGGUGACACUGAAAGUGCCGCGUACCAAAUCGCUACCGCAAAGUUCGAUGCUGUCCGCGCUCUACACGACAGAAUCCAGUCGCAAGCACAGGAGCAGCCUGAAGAAGGCUUCGAAGAGAUCCUCAGGACUCUCAACAAGCGCUUGGCGGAAGGGCCGCUGAGUAGAGAGGGUGAAGUCGGCGGUAGAGUCGGGACGAUGGAGCUGUGA